AUGGCUACCUCCAAGUUAGGUCGCUCGCCGGAGAGAAGGAUGGAGCUCAUGUUUUGUGAUGGUGAUAUAUGCAAAGAUGCAGUUCGGCAACGAGUCAUUGGCAAGCACAAUCAGAUCGUCCUAAGUGGACCAGCGACAGGACAGGUUGCUUACACAUGGAGUCAAGAUUCAACAACAAACAAUGCGAAUGGUGAAAGGUCGAAUGUCACACGUUCCAGUGUAUUGCUUCUGGUUCGUCCCAAUGAUGAAAAUCUUAUUAAGAAAGUCGCAGAAGUGGUUCCAAAUCUUACACACGCUGGUGUCAAAGUAUUGUUGGUCCCUGACUUGGCUGCGAAGCUCAAGUUUUAUUAUGGUGUCGAUGAUGAACGGAUAGGCUUGUUUGAGGCGUCGAUGGAAUUUGAAUCGCGCAGCAGUAAAACCCGACAUGUGAACGACAGCGAAGAUGAAUGGAUUGAAGACGUGCUGAUAGAACCAUUUCCUGAUUUAGUUUGUACUCUUGGUGGCGAUGGACUCCUCAUGCAUGCUUCGAUGCUGUUUCAAGGACCAGUCCCUCCCAUCAUAUCCAUUGCUGGGGGUUCUUUGGGUUUCUUGACUCCUUUCAAAGUAGAAAAUAUGGAAGAUGCAAUUUGCAUUGCAUUGGGCAUGGGUAAUAUCGAGGAAACACCCGACACAGACAAGAGAUCAACACAUGAUAUUCCUGUUUUCCCUCCAAACAUGGAGUCUUAUCCUUUUGAUAAUCCGCUCUCGCAAGCUAGCCAUCCGAAGUUUUCGUUUGGAAUGGAUGAAUACAUCUGUAUGACGAUUCGAAUGCGGCUAGACUGCCGCAUAGUGAGUCCCGAGGGCGUAGUUCGGAGUCGUUUCAAUGUUCUAAACGAGGUAGUGAUUGAUCGCGGUAGCAGUCCCUACUUGGCAGCACUCGAGUGCUUUUGCGACGACAUCCAUCUUACGACAGUCCAAGCGGAUGGUGUCAUUUUUGCAACCCCAACAGGAUCAACCGCGUAUUCUAUGGCUGCUGGAGGGUCAGUUGUUCACCCUGCUGUACCCAGUAUCCUUGUCACCCCAAUCUGCCCCCAUGUCUUAAGUUUUCGGUCUAUGGUAUUUCCUGACCAUGUCGUAUUAAGAUGCUACGUUCCUGAUGAUGCUAGGGCCACGGCAUCUGUGGCGUUUGAUGGCAAACAUCGAAGAGAGCUUCAACGAGGAGACAGUGUUCAGAUCCAAAUGAGCAAUUAUCCUGUUCCAACGCUAAACCGUGGGGAUCAUUCAUCCGAUUGGCUUGAAGGUCUCAAACGAAGUUUCAACUUCAACACUAGGCCACGUCAACGUCCGCUUUGA